GGAAGACACUCUUAUUUGAAAUUUUAAACGGCCGUCUAUAUGAAUAUUCUUCAACCUCGCCUAAAUCAGAAAGCCUUUUACCAACUCACCAGGCCUUUGGAGUUUUCUUCUUUCUGUUUUAAUUAGUCUACAUCUUCUUCUUCAGCUCAUCACUCACUUAAAACCUCCAUUAAUCAAUUUACAGAGCCACACACUCCGAUCACAAAGAAGAGUAACACAACACAACUAGAACCGUCGCAGAUAAUGGGAGGAGGAAAUAAUAAUGCAGAGAUAGAGGUUAUUCAUUCUUGGUCCGCUCCGCGAUCACUCAGUACCUCUCUUAUGUACUCUUUUGCUCAGAGGGGUGAUACCGAAGCUCUCGACGAGCCUUUGUAUGGAAAUUAUCUUAAAGUAACAGGCGUUGACAGGCCUUAUGGUGAAGACAUUCGAGUUAAAAUGGAAUCUGAUGGAAAUAAAGUUGUAAAUGAGGUCAUUUUCGGACCUGGGGAAAAGAAAUAUCGAUACUGUAAGCAUAUUUCAAAGCAACGUCUGCCUGGUCUGCCUAUGGAUUUGAUGAAGAAAGGAAAACACUUUUUACUCAUACGUAAUCCCCUUGAUACAUUGCCAUCUUUUGACAAGGUUGUGCCAUCAUCCAUUCUUGAGUUAGGUCUGACAGAAUUGGUCUCCAUAUACAGUGAUCUCUCUCAGUUAGGAAAGCCCCCACCUGUUAUUGAUGCAGCAGACCUUCAACAAGAUCCUGAGGGUACAUUGCGUGGUCUUUGUGAGGACUUGGAUAUUCCUUUUGAUGAUGCAAUGCUCAGAUGGGAAGCUGGUCCAAAACCAAUAGAUGGCUUUUGGGCUCCAUGGUGGUAUAAAAGUGUGCAUCAAUCAACAGGCUUCAAACAAGCAAGAAAGUAUCCUCAGCCAUUUCCACUUUUUAUGUACGACUUGCUGGAGCAAAGUUUACCUUUGUACAAUAUGCUCAGACGGCAUGUGAAACGAACAUCAUUGCUUUUGAAGAGUCCUUUACCUCCCCCCGACAUUCCAAUUCCUGCAAAUGAGAAGUUGCUUGCAUGGGUUGGAGAUGAGAUUCUACCUCGUGAAAGUGCCAAGGUUUCUGUGUUUGAUUCGGUUAUCCAAGGUGGUGAUUCAGUUUGGGAGGGGCUACGAAUUUACAAUAGGAAGGUCUUUAAGCUUGAUGAGCAUUUAGAUAGGUUGUUCGACUCUGCAAAGGCUCUAGCUUUCAGGAAUGUUCCAACUCGCGAAGAGGUCAAGGAAGCCAUUUUCAAAACUCUAAAUAGGAAUGGAAUGUUUGAUAAUUCACACAUCCGACUGUCCCUCACACGUGGAAAGAAGGUUACCUCAGGCAUGAGCCCUGCAUUUAACCUCUAUGGAUGCACUUUAAUUGUGCUUCCUGAAUGGAAACCACCUGUCUAUGACAAUACACAUGGCAUAACUCUGGUGACUGCUACAACACGGCGCAAUUCACCAAACAACUUGGAUUCAAAGAUUCACCACAACAACCUCCUUAAUAACAUUUUGGCAAAGAUAGAAGGAAAUAAUGCAAAUGCAGAUGAUGCAAUAAUGCUUGACAAGGAUGGUUAUGUGUCUGAAACAAACGCUACAAAUAUUUUUUUAGUGAAGAAAGGCCGCGUUUUGACACCGCAUGCUGACUAUUGUCUUCCUGGAAUCACUAGAGCGACUGUUAUGGACUUAGUUGUGAAGGAGAAUUUGAUUUUGGAGGAACGAAAUAUCAGUCUAUCUGAGUUUCAUACAGCAGAUGAGGUAUGGACGACGGGAACCAUGGGAGAGCUUAGCCCGGUUGUGAAAAUCGAUGGACGCGAAGUCGGCAAUGGUAAAGUGGGGCCUAUAACUCAAAGGUUACAAAAUUCUUACAAGAAGCUGACAGAAGAGUCGGGAGUGCCAAUACCAUCAUACGUGGCGAAUUGAUCGCCAUUGCUUGAGAUAUUCUCAAGUCUGGUUCUGAUCCUACUGAAGAUUAAGAUUCAAACUCUUUCAAGUCUGAGCUUCCAAAUGUAUGUUGAUCCUGUAGCAUUUGCUAAGGAUGCUAUCGAUGUUUUUCCGACCACAUUGGGCACCAAUCCGGAAUAAAAGGUGGAAACUUUAAUGAAUGGCAUUUUUACAGAAGAAUGAAGAUUUCAGAAUAGCCAUGUAAAUUUUAAUAAACAGACUAUUGUGAAAGAACACUUGUGCAUUAAUAAGGAUGUCUUCAGAGAAUGAAAGGAUAUAUGUUAUAGCUUUUAAUAUUAUUAUUUUUUGUUUUGUUGUGAUUA